UGGACAAUUAUCAAUUGAUUAUUAUAGGUGCAACUUUUCACUGGACAUAAGACCCAUCAAUCUCUCCCUUGGCCCUCGCUAUUGUUUGUAUGCUUGUGCUCUCUUCUUAUUCUUCCUCUAAACAAAGACUUGCUAUUCCCAGCUUCCUACACUCUCUUAUUUCCGAUGAAUCCAGAUAAGAUAACAUUCCGCGGCUCCUUGGACCGUUCGAUGCAUGAGUGCUCAUGCAAUCUGGGCCUAUAACAGCGUCAGUCCACAAACCUCAAGCCACCUCGAGCCGCCGGUCUUGUCCCCUUGCUAUGAGAGAAGAUCUUGAUCAAGAAGUGGUGAUACCGCACCUGUUCAGGUGCCCGAUAAGCCUAGACGUGUUCACGGACCCCGUCACCCUUUGCACUGGGCAGACAUACGAUCGGCCCAAUAUUGAGAGAUGGCUCCAACUCGGCAACCUCACCUGCCCCGUCACAAUGCAGAGGCUCCAAGACCCAUCCGUCGUCCCAAACCACACCCUCCGUCACCUCAUCGAGCAGUGGACUCUUCUGGGUAGGCAACCCGUGGAUCCCGGCCGUCCACUGAUCGCUCUCAAGCACGACCUCGAGUCCCACGAGAACACCUUGACCGAAAAGCUUCAUGCACUCCAGGAAGUCCGGCUUCUCUCUGAUGAAUCUAAGUCCAGAUGUUCUUAUUUGAUUCGGAUGGGAUUCUUAUCAUUGCUGUUGGAGCUCGUUUUCGGGCAAGCACAAUCUCUGAAAUCCUCUCAGUCUCAGGUGUUUGUGGAAGAAGCGCUUGCUUGUGUGAUAAGUUUGUUGGAGGCUGCCGAUGAGCCGGAAUCUUCAUGGUCUAUCAAUAUGUUCAAGGAAGAGUCUAAGUUGGCAUCAUUCCAUGAAUUAUUCCGAGGGGGAAGUUCCAUCACAAAGACGAGUCUGUGCCGUCUUAUUGAGGCAAUAUGUUCAUCGCCUCAGACACAAGAAAUCUCUACUUUGCUCGUGGAAAACGGUACUAAUUUCUCAAACGAGUUGAUGGUUCCUCUUUACCAGAACGACGAGGUCUUACUGGAAGCCGGUCUAAGGGCUAUAAGGUCCUUAUGCUCAGUCCAAGCAAACAGGGACGCCUUGGUUCAAGGAGGUCUCUUGGACGGCCUUGUCGCUCACAUUCAGGAUGUCACAGUUGGCUCUACCCACCUGAUGGCAAUGGCGACACUGGAGCAAAUCUUAGGACUCGAGAAGGCAAGAGAAGCGCUGCUGGACAACCCGAACGGCAUAAAGUCCCUGGUGAAGAUGGUCUUUCGGGUGUCUGAUCUCGAGGGGAGCGAGAGCGCAGUGAGCUGCCUAACCAUAGUGUGUGAGAACUCAUUACGGGCGAGGGAAGCGGCUAUCGGGUUUGGGGUAUUGACACAGUUGUUGUUGCUUCUACAGAGCCAGUGCAGCGGUAGGACCAAGACAAGGGCAAGGGUGCUGCUGAAGUUGCUUAGGUCCAAAGAGGGAUGAAUAAUAUGCAUGUGGACUGGACCCAACCAAACGAAUUUAAUUCGAUGUAUGAUUUAAUUUUGUGCAUACUGACGAACGAUCGGGAAGGUUGCAAAGAAAAUGGGAUGUUCCUUAUUGAUGUUAACAUGACGAUAGUUGUCAUUUUCGUUGGUGAAAUCACAAAGUGGCCUCAACCAUAUCGGCUCAAAUAAAUUCUCGCUUGAAUUUUUAA